GACAGGAAGCGGCGGCGGGUGCGGAAGCCAUCGGCUGAGCACGGUGGGCUGCGCGGGGCCGUCGCACGCCAGCCGCGCCAUGGCGGUGCCCGCGGCUUUCCUCGCGCCCGUCCUGCUGCUCUGCGGGCUGGGCCCCCGCCUCGCCGCUGCCCACGGCCCCACAGGGGUGGAGUGCGUCCUGUUCAACGAGGAGUACAUGACCUGCAUGUGGGGGAGCAGGGAGACGCUCACCACCAACUACUCCCUCUACUACUGGUACGAGAACAGGUCGCCCGUGGUGGAGUGCAAGCGCUACCUGUGGGACCGGGGUGUCAGCAUCGGCUGCCACUUCAACCAGAGCGAGAUCAUCCAGUUCCAGCCUUUCCACGUCCUCCUCAACGCCAGCCUCAACGGCCAGACCCUGGAGAUCCGCAGCAAGCGCAUGGAGCUGCAGGACCUCGUGAAACCGGGGGCUCCUGUCAACCUGACCAUCCGCAACAUGAGCAGCAACCAGCUGCAGCUGACCUGGAGCUCCCCGUACCCCAAGGCGCAGUGCCUGGAGCACGCCGUCAAGUACAAGAGCAACAAGGACACGAGCUGGAUUGUAAGAGGCGCCGGGGGAGGACGCCGAGCCUCCGCCCGUCCCCACAGCGCCGGCCCUCACUGCCUAUCCCUCGUCUCUCCCCAGGAGCACGGGGUGAAGGGAGACAUCUUCUCCUUCCCCAGCGUGGACUACGAGAAGUACUACACCUUCUACGUGCGCAGCAAGAUCAACAGCUACUGCGGCAGCACCCAGCUCUGGAGCGAGUGGAGCGUCCCCGUGGUCUGGGGCAGAAACACCACCAGCAAGGGUAGGAGCGCUCCCGUGGCGCUGGCUCCUUCCUCUGCCCCACGGUGGCCGUGUGCCGGCUGGUUCCCCACCACCAGGGCUCCUUGCAGAUCUCGCGGAGGAGCAGCUGCAGUGGUUCUGGAUCCAUACGGUUCUCGUCCCCAUCGCCUCCUGCCUGCUCCUGCUGGUCCUCGUCGUCCUGCUGGUGCGCAUGGAAAGGGUUUGGGUCAUCCUCAUGCCCCGGAUCCCCAACCCCAGCAAGAACUUCGACGAGCUCUUCAUCACCCACAACGGCAACUUCCAGGAAUGGGCUGGAGUCCCCAAAGACAUGCUGGAGAGCUUCAAGCCCAACUACAGCGAGAGCAUCUGCUACGUGAGCGAGCUGCCCUCCAGGGAGAGCCACGACCCCCAGUGGGAUGGCAGCAACCGCCCGCCGGGGGGGCCUGGGGCCCCGGCUGGCCCCCGCGAGCAUAGCCCCUACCAGAACAACUACGUGGGAGUGUGACACCCGCGCCAGCGCCGCUGCCCAAAUCCAUCCUGCCCCCUGCUCCCGGCCUGCCCCUGCCGAACGCCCUCAGGCCCCCAGCCCUGCUCCCUGCCGCGGCCACGGUGCGCCAGCACCCUCCCCGUCCUUAGCGCUGGGUGUCCAGCAGGGCACGGCGACGUCCCGCUGCGGGCACGGCCCCGUGGGGGAUCCCUCGUGGGGCUGCCGUGGGAGGGCAGAGCCGUGGGACGGCGGGGGGAGGCUCCCCCACUGCCUGCGUGGACCCUCAGCGCUGGUGGUGCCGGUGCCGCAGAGCCCCCCGCUUGCUCCGCGGUGCCCGUGAGCACGCCGGGGACGUGUCCCCGUGCGGGGCAGCCCCGGUGACACCCAGUGGGGACAGCCAGGCUGCACUCCCGGCCCCCCGCGGCGGUGCAGCAGGGCUGGCUGGUGGGGACGUGCGGCCGAAGGAGCACCGAGGGACAGGUGCUGCACUGAGGGCCCCCCGAGGGGACGAGCCACCGGGCCACCCCUGCUGUCAUCGGGCGCCGGGCGAGCACAGCCUGGCCACUUGCUUGCUUGCACCGCGGGUUUCCAGCUGCAAUAAAGCUCUGCUGCGCUUUG